AUGCUCGCGCAACGACCGUCAUUCCGCUUCCUGGCCACGGGCGCCCUCGUCUCGAUCUUCACCUUGACAUUCCUUAUCUUCGGCACGCGAUCCUCACGCGAUGCGGCAACGAGAUACAUCCUGAAGACAGCGCGUCCGGAAUCAAUAUCCCAAGCACACUGUACACAGGAGACAUAUGCAACUCUACCAAACGGCAGUUGGAAUUUUGUCGCUCAGCGUGAUGCCUUGAACCAUGGACUGUCGAACGAGCAGUGUCAGCUUGCCUUCCCCAAGCUCUUUGCAGAGGUCGAUAAGUCUGUGUCAUUGAAGGGAGGCGCGCGAAUCACCUACAAGGAUUUGAAUUCGAGAGAAGUGGAGGAUGGUAUGGUUCGCGCGAUCAUCGAUCAAGGCCAGCUUUACAUUGUCGAAUUCGCCCCAAUGCCCGUCACAGCUUCACGCGCCCGCGCUACCCUCAACUCCCUCCACCGUGCCCUGAUGGCCUACCCUGACCGACAUCUUCUCCCGAACAUCGAGUUCAUAUUCACGACAGAGGACUUUGCCAACGAUCCUACAGGAAGAGGACCCAUCUGGGCCUAUUCCAAGCGCGAGGAAGAUACUUCGGUUUGGUUGAUGCCGGACUUUGGAUACUGGGCCUGGCCAGAGGUACAGAUCGGACCUUACCAUGAAGUCCGCCGACGCAUCGCCGCAAUCGACGAUGGUGAAACAACGGCAGAUGGAUCCACCACCCCGGGUCUGCGAUUCCAAGACAAAAAGAAGCAAUUAGUCUGGCGCGGCAGUCUCGCUACCAACCCGGGCGUUCGCAGCAAACUGCUCAAGUCCGCGCAGAGCCGGAGCUGGGCGAGCGUCCGAGUAAUCGACUGGGAUGACGAGAAUGACAUUCGCUUCAACCUCCUCCCCAUCGAAGACCAUUGUCGAUACAUGUUCCUCGCCCACACCGAGGGCCGCAGCUUCUCCGGUCGCGGCAAGUAUCUGCUCAACUGUCGAUCUGUGAUGAUUUCGCACCCGCUCAUCUGGCGCGAAGCGCAUCAUGCAGCCUUGAUAGCGUCAGGCCCGAAUGCCAACUACGUCGAGGUGGAGCAGGACUUUGCGGACCUACCGCGGAAAGUGGACUUUUUGAUCGAUAACCCUCAGGUCGCAGAGCGCAUUGCCGAGAAUUCGGUGCGCACGUUCCGGGAUCGAUACCUGACGCCUGCUGCGGAGUCUUGCUAUUGGAGACAUCUUGUGAGGCAGUAUGCGUCGGUGCUGGACUUUGAGCCUGUGUUAUUCGCGACUGGUCGCGACGGGAAAUUGACUUCACGAGGGACACCGUUUGAGACGUGGUUGUUGAUGAAUUGA